UCAGUCUCGAAGCUUUAGCUGAACUACAAGUGGACGAUGUAGAUUUGAAGAUCUGCAACGAGAAGUCUAACUUGAAUCUUAAACCUGUACCCAUUCCUUUCUCAGAUGCAUCUAUUAUUUGCGACACUUCAACGGGUAACAAUCGCCCCUUUGUGCCACAACCCUAUCGACGAAAAAUAUUUCAACAGCUACAUGGACUGUCGCAUCCAGGCAUCAGGGCUACCACGAAGCUUAUCACAGAACGCUUUGUUUGGCCAAAAAUCAAUUCGGAUGUUAAACGUUGGACACGUAACUGCCUCCAGUGCUAACGCAGACAAAUCCAAAAACACACUAUCAGCCCGAUCGGGGAAUUCCCCAUUCCCGACAAACGUUUUCAACAUAUUCAUUUGGAUUUAGUUGGGCCACUGCCUCCGUCGAACUCCUUUACCCACAUUCUCACUGCGGUGGACAGGUUCACAAGAUGGGCCAUAGCCUGCCCUAUAAAAGACACUUCAGCAGAAACGGUCGCCUCAGUCUUCCUCGGCCGCUGGAUAUCUAACUACGGAGUACCUUACAUCGUCACUACCGACCGUGGUCCCCAGUUUCAGUCUAUUUUAUUUCAGGAAUUCACAAGACUUCUGGGUGUAAACCACAUCAAAACAACAACCUACCACCCAGCAGCUAACGGCUUGGUCGAAGGAUUUCACCGCCAAUUGAAAAGCUCGCUGAUGGCACAAAAUGAUACGACAAAAUGGAGUGACGCAUUACCACUUGUACUCCUGGGUAUCCGUUCAACUAUAAAAGAAGAUAUAGGUUGUACAGCCGCUGAGCUAGUUUAUGGUACAACCCUUACAUUACCAGGUCAACUAGUGGACCCAAACACUUUAACACCAACGGACCCAAGUCGUUUUGCUAGCCAACUGCUGCAGACCAUGCAACAGAUCAAAGCCAUACCGCCUCGUGAACAUAACAAUCGAAUACAACUCGACAGAAAUCUAGAAACAUGCAAGUUUGUCUUUGUUCGAGUAGAUGCUGUCAAAAAACCAUUGAAACAACCAUACGAGGGUCCAUAUAAAGUAAUUAAACGCACACAAAAAUACUUCAUCAUCAGCAGAGAUGGCAAAAAGCAGACUAUUUCUAUAGACAGAAUCAAACCUGCUUUCUAUGAAUCUACUCAAGUCAAAAAAGACAACGCUGUUGACAAUCAACCCCUUUCACCAGUGACUGAAAAACCAGUGGAGGAUAAAAAACUUAAUGCUAAGCCUUCUUGUUUAACACGCUCCGGCAGACCUAUAAACAAACCCAAGCGUUAUGUUCAUUUCGUCGAUUAAAAAAAAUUUUUUUCGUUUUCCUUCACACAGUGUACUUAAUCACAUUUUUUUCCACAAUUAUUCGUUUUG